GACAGUUUCUAUUUCCGGGUUAUGUGAGGGCAACCCGUGCAAUGACAUUGUACCAAACAGAGAAUGCUGCAGCUGAUGGUGUGACAAACACCUUAUUUCACAUGCUUUGAAAGCUUGGAUUAUCACUGACUUUAUCGUCAAAAUGUCGUCCACCAGCACAGAUUUCACGGAGGAUCAGCAGAGCACAUCACCGCAGGUAAACACAUAGAUCCGCACACACAUUGUCCAUCUAGAUGCUAACAUGCUAACCGGCUGGAUCAAUCUCUUGUAUUGUUUUCUGUGUAUUCUGUGUCUGUCUGCCCUGCCAGCAUGUAUGUUGUGAAUGAACUAAUGGAGUUGAAGUACCUGGUAACCUACAAAAGGUGUUCAAAACCAGAGGGGGGGUCCAUACAACUCUGAAAAGUACAGUGGAUGUAAAAAGUCUACACACCCCAGUUCAACUGACAGGUUUUUGUCAUGUAGAAAAAUUUAAUCAAGAUAAAUAAUUUCACAACUUUUCCCACCUUUAAUGUGACCUAUAACCUGUAAAACACAAUUGAAAAACAAACUGAAACCUUUAAGGGGAAAAGUAGAAAAACUAAAAUAACCUGGUUGCAUAAAUAUGCACACCCUUAAACUAUUACUUUGUUGAAGCACCUUUUGCUUUUAUUACAGCACUCAGUCUUUUUGGGUAGGAGUAUAUCAGGGUGGCACAUCUUGAUGUGGAAAUAUUUGCCCACUCUUCUAUGCAAAACCGCUCUAAAUCUGACAGAUUGCGAGGGCAUCUCCUGUGCACAGCCCUCUUCAGAUCACCCCACAAAUGUUCGAUGGGAUUCAGGUCUGGGUUCUGGCUGGGCCGUUCUAAAGUCUUAAUCUUAUUCCAGUGAAGCCGCUCUUUUGUUGAUUUAGAUGUGUGCUUUGGGUCAUUGUCGUGCUGAAAGAUGAAGUUCCUCUUCAUCUCCAGCUUUCUAACAGAAGGCCGCAGGUUUUGUACCAACACUGACUGGUAUUUGGAACUGUUCAUAAUUCCCUCCAUCCUGACUAAGGCACCAGUUCCAGCUGAAGAAAAACAGCCCCAAAGCAUGACGCUGCCACGACCAUGCUUCACUGUGGGUCUGGUGUUCUUUUGGUGAUGAGAAGUGUUGAUUUUGCACCAAAUAUACCUUUUGCAAUGAUACCCAAAAAGUUCAACUUUGGUUUCAUCAGACCAUAACACAUUUUCCCACAUGCAUUUGGGAGAUUUCAGAUGUCUCUGCAAAAUUAAGCCGGGCUUUGAUGUUUUUCUUUGUAAGGUAAGGCGUCUGUCUUGCCACCCUACCCUAUAGCCCAGACAUAUGAAGACAGCGGGAGAUUGUUGUCACAUGUACUACACAGCCAGUACCUGCCAGAAAUUCCUGCAGCUCCUUCAGUGUUGCUGUCGGCCUCUUGGUAGCCUCCCUGACCAUUUUUCUUCUCGUCGUAUCAUCAAUUUUGGACGGACGUCCUGUUCUUGGUAAUGUCACUGUUGUGCCAUAUUUUCUCCACUUGAUGAUGACGGUCUUUACUGUGGUCUUUAAUUCCUUAUAAAUUCUUUUGUAGCCCUCACCUGACUGAUAUCUUUGAAUAAUGAGAUCCCACUGAUGCUUUGGAAGCUCUCUGCGGACCGUGGCUUGUGCUGGAAGAUGUGUCUACAAAAAUGUCAGGAAAAGCUACUAGAACAGCUGAACUUUAUUUGGGGUUGAUCAGAGGCACUUUAAUUGGUGACAGGUGUGUGCUGACUCCAAUUUAACCUGAGUUUGAAUGUUAUUGGUUAAAUCUGAACACAGCCACAUCCCCAGUUAUUAAAGGUUGUGCACAGGGUUGUUUAUUUUUACUUUACCUCCCUGAAAGAUUUCUGUUUGUUUUUCAAUAAUGUUUUACAGGUUAUAGGUCACAUUAAAGGUAGAGUAAAUUAUUUAUCUUGAUUUAAUUUUUUACAUGACAAAAACCUGGCAGUUGAACCAGGGUGUGUAGACUUUUUAUAUCCACUGUAUGUGCAUUUCUGUUUGUGGUGUUAAACUCUGGAACAGCUUGGAUGUCACUUUAAAAAUGUCCAAUAACAUAAAAACAUUUAAAUCAAACUAUAGAAAAGUAUCAAAAGAUUCAUAUAAGUAAACUAACAAAAAGAAUGUUUUUAUACUAGGUAUACUUGAUUGCAUAGAAUAUUAAUUCUGAAUAUUAUAACACUGAUUAUUAACAUAAUGUACAAAAAAUUAUAAUAAGUAACCUAUGUAGUGUUGAGCAGAUAUCUUGUGUAUAACAAGUAUUUACACAGAUCUACACAGAUCAGAGAUUUUUUUUAAUCUCUAAUUUGCAAAGAAGGGGCUGGACUAGUUAUGCUCUUUGCUUCAUUCUGUUCCUUCUCAAACUGUUUAUUCUGACAAACAUAUGUUGUGUAAAUUUAUCUUUGACAUGUACAGUUGUUUGGUGUACAUAUUUAUUAUUUUGGUGUUUUUGAUUCUAGUUGUUUUUUGUUGUUGUUCUUAAAGUUUGAGAUAAAGAUGAAAGAAAGAAAGUUUACGCAGUUGUUUUAUUUGCAGACAAAGUUGGGUGGUGAUUAUGUCAUCUCAGAUGAGGAGAGGAUGGUGUUUAAAGAAUGCAACUACGAGAGCUUCUGGUACAGGUGUAAGUUUCAAUCUUUCCCACUAUGGUUACAGAAAUGGUGUUAUGAGGUCCUAAAACUAUGGAUGAUUGUGAGAACGUGUCUUUCUGGUAGCUCUGUGUUGAUUCUGGUUUGUUUCCUCCACAGCUGUACCCCUCACUGUGACCGGCAUCGCUGUCACUCACGCCUUGGUCUCCUUAGGUAAUACCAUGCAAAGCGUAAAGGGAUCAGUUAUAACAAUCCAGUAAAAUAAAUCAAAAGGAGAUUAAUUUUAAUUCCUCUUGCUUCUUAAAAAAAUGUAGGGCUGGUUGCUGGAGGUCCGAGGUUAGGCUCUCUCCCCAAAGCAACCUGUAAGUAUAAAUGCAUGUGAUAUUGUGUCCUGUUUGCAUUGUUUCUGCCUCACAAAAUUAAAAUGCUUCUCUUCUCCUAAAGAACAUCAAGGAAUGUCAAGAAUAAAAUUAGAGCAGUACUCUGGCAUCACCUGCCACAGUUAAAAUGAAACAAAAGACAGAGUAAACAACUCCAACAAAGUGAAAUACCUUAAAAUGUUACACAUUCAUGGUUUGCCAUUUAUUUCAAGUAUGUUUGUCUUUGCAGUCGUGGGCUUUUUUGGCUACAUGUUGGGAAAAGUUUCCUACAUAAAAAACUGCGAGGAGAAGUUUAUGAGGUUAGAUAACUCCCCCCUUGGAGAAGCCCUCAGGGUGAGGAAAGGACUGCCUCGAGAAGUGUGAGUAGUAAAUUUGAUUAUAAUUUUGUCUGUUUUAGCCUCCUCCAAUCCUUUUUCAUAAUUUGUGCCUUCUCUUCCACAGGGUCAAGGAACUCAGUGACCCAAGCACCCAGUCAUUCAACUCUAUGUUUCAGCCUGCAGACACAUACGCCCAGAGAGAUGUCAAUCCAGAUCCCCCCACACAAAUGGGUAGGGCAGAGGAUAUCAAUGCUCCAGGUACACAAGAGAGAGAAUGUAAUAGCUUUCCUUUUGGGGCAGUUCUGAACUUAUCAGUGCAAAGGACAAUUAAUUGUACCUUUUAAAGUUUUUUUUCUGUGUAAAACUCACACCCUUUUCCUGAUCUGAUCUCCCAGUCCAGUCUUAUUUGGAAGAAGAGGAGCCCAAAAGGAAGUCCAUCCUCUAUGAGGACUUGAGGCUUAAGAACAGAGAAAACUAUGAGGUGACGCUCACCCAGAAGGCUGAGACACUGCUCAAACCACCCCCUGAAAAAAAGGAGCCAACAAGAGUCAAGAAAGAGAGUAAGCUCAAAAUUCAGAUUUGCAAAAUACUUCCUGUGUUACUGACAGUUAAAUAAUCCAUUAAGGACUGAUUUUGCUCCUUAUCUUUUUUGUGUUACAGUGAAGAACAUCUAUGGAGACACCUGGGAAGAAUAAGACCGUAUAUCAAAGAUUUAGUCUUUAAAGGGACUGGCGUAAAAUUAAUUUAGGGUCAAACACACCGCAAUUCCGAGUUAGACACUCCCUCAAGAGAUGAAUGUUGCCGACCACUUGCUUCACUAUUUAUACCAACUUUAGUAACGACCGUACGAUAGCAACACACAGCAGUCUGAGGAGCCAUAAACAAACCUCAACCAAAACGCCACUCUAUAGCCACAAAUAAUGCUCAGAACAGCACCUAACUUCAUCAACAGGACAUAUAGGGUCACAGCCACCAAACAUCUUUUUAACUUUGCCUCAUUUCUUUAGCAAAGAGACUAAACAAACUCACCUACUCUCUUCCAGCAGCCGCUUGUUUGUAGCGAGACCUCAGGCCAGUCCAUUACAGACUGCUGCGGGAUGACGCAGUUCAAGGAAGAACAUUUAUGAUCAUUUCUUUAUGGAAAUGCAAUCAGACCAAAAUGCUAAGGCAGAAGAACUACCACGUCUGCACUGCAAAAUGAUUAAUAUGAUGAUUAUUGCUUCAAGGAAAUGAUAAAGAAAUGAUCAUAGUGUUUAGUCUCUUUGCUAAAGAAAUGAGUCAAAGUUAAAAAGAUGUUUGGUGGCUAGUACUAUGGCUGUGACCCUAUAUGUCCUGUUGAUGAAGUUAGGUGCUGUUCUGAGCAUUAUUUGUGGCUAUAGAGUGGCGUUUCGGUUGAGGUUUGUUUAUGGCUCCUCAGACCGCUGUGUAUUGCCAUCCUGCGGUCGUGACUAAAGUUGGUUUAACUAGAGAAGAAAGUGGUCUGCAACGUUCAUCUCUCGAGGGGGUGUCUAACUCGGUGUUACGGUGUGCUUGACUCUUACUUAAUUUUACACCGGAAUAUCCCUUCAAGCUUGAAUCACUGUCUUUGAGGCACCACAGUGGCCAUUUUUAAACAUUGGGACUUUUUUUGAGUUUUGAAUAUAUUGAUUAUUUCUGAAAGUUUAUUGAUUAAAAUCAACCUCAUUUGAGCUAAAAUUGUCUUUCGUUGCCUUGACGUUGACUUAGUGCACCUCUAGUAUGGCUACAAAAAUGUACCUAAAAAGAAAGAAUCCCACAGCUUACUGAACUUUUCAAAUAAAUAUAUGCAUUUUAACAGAU